CUACUACAUUGUAUAUCAUCACUCCAUAUAAACGCUAUUCACGCCCUUUUCCUUUCUCACUCUUCCUGAUUAUCGGGGAAACACGCUCCACCUUUCUCCCUCUACAUAUUGCGUGCAAAUAUAUAUAUAUAUAAUUAACGAAUAAAGGCAUGUUUGGAGACUCCGAAGAGAAGUGAAAAAUCAAUUAAUUGAAAUGGAAGGUGGUAUACAUCCAGGAACAGACGCAUCGGCUUUCAGAGAUUGUUUUUCUCUGGCAUGGAAGAACCCUUACGUCCUUCGUCUUGCUUUCUCUGCUGGAAUUGGUGGCCUUCUCUUUGGCUACGACACAGGAGUGAUAUCGGGUGCCCUUCUCUACAUCAGAGAUGACUUCAAGUCUGUGGAUAAGGAGACCGUCCUACAGGAGAGUAUUGUGAGCAUGGCUGUUGCCGGAGCAAUCAUAGGUGCUGCAUUUGGUGGGUGGUUGAAUGACCGUUAUGGAAGAAGAACUGCAAUUCUAAUAGCUGACUUCCUCUUUUUUAUUGGAGCUGUUGUCAUGGCUUCGGCUCCCAACCCGGCCGUUCUCAUCGUUGGACGGGUUUUCGUUGGACUUGGUGUCGGAAUGGCGUCGAUGACAGCACCAUUGUACAUCUCAGAAGCUUCUCCGGCAAAAAUCCGGGGUGCCCUGGUCAGUACUAAUGGCUUCCUCAUCACCGGAGGCCAGUUCUUGUCUUACCUUAUCAACCUGGCCUUUACCAAGGCACCAGGGACUUGGCGGUGGAUGCUUGGAGUUGCCGGAAUUCCAGCUUUGGUGCAGUUCAUAUUGAUGCUGCUUCUUCCAGAAUCCCCCCGUUGGCUUUACCGCAAGGGAAGAGAAGAGGAAGCCAAAAUCAUAUUGAGGAAAAUUUAUCCAGCAGAUCAAGUUGAAACUGAAAUCCUAGCUCUAAAAGAAUCAGUAGAAUCAGAAAUUCGGGAGAAGGGAAAUUCAGAAAAGAUCAACUUUGUCAAACUAUUCCAAACCAAAACAGUAAGAAGAGGACUUGUAGCCGGUGUUGGCCUUCAGGUCUUCCAACAGUUUGUGGGCAUAAACACAGUCAUGUAUUACAGCCCCACCAUAGUUCAGUUGGCUGGUUAUGCUUCUAACCAAACUGCUCUGCUUCUUUCACUUGUCACCUCGGGGCUGAAUGCAUGUGGCACCAUUGUGAGCAUAUAUUUCAUUGACAGGAUUGGAAGGAAGAAGCUUCUGGUCAUCAGUUUGUUCGGUGUCAUAAUCUCACUCGGCCUUUUAUCAGCAGUCUUUCAUCAGACUACUUCUCACUCACCCGCUGUUAGUGCAACUGCAACGUCUCACUUUGCAGCAUAUACUUGCCCGGAUUACAGUUCUGCAGGCUCUUCCGCUUUAUGGGACUGUAUGAAAUGUUUGAAGGCUUCAUCUCCAGAUUGUGGGUUCUGUGCUGCAUCGGCCAAUAAGCUAAAUCCGGGAGCCUGUUUGUUCUCAAAUGACACCGUGAAGGAUAUGUGUCAUGGAGAAGACAGGUUAUGGUACACAAGGGGAUGUCCGAGCAAUUAUGGAUGGCUUGCACUUAUUGGCUUGGCACUCUACAUCAUAUUCUUCUCUCCUGGAAUGGGUACAGUUCCAUGGAUUGUCAAUUCGGAGAUAUACCCAUUGAGGUUUCGAGGGAUCUGUGGAGGUAUAGCUGCCACAGCAAACUGGAUCUCAAACCUCAUCGUCGCUCAAUCCUUCUUAUCUUUGACUCAAACAAUUGGAACCUCUUGGACAUUUCUUAUAUUCGGGGUGGUAUCUGUGGUUGCCCUUUUCUUUGUCCUAAUUUACGUUCCAGAAACCAAGGGACUUCCAAUUGAGGAGGUUGAGAAGAUGUUAGAGACAAGAGCUCUGCAUUUCAAGUUCUGGGAAAAAAGGCCUAAUUCAUCACAGAAGAACCAAGUGUAAAAGGAUGAAGUGUAGGCUCAUACACAUAUUUUACUUUCUGGAUUACCUUUAAAUAAUGUAGCAAUUCCUGUAAUGAAUAUUUUCAGCUUCCAUUUAAGAUAAGGCUCGGUUUAAAAUUUGAA